AAUUCUGUUACAAGACACGCUAAACCCUUUCUCUCUUCUCAACACCGUCAUUUCACCGCCUUUCUUCGGCAACUUUGCUUCUCAUCUUCUUUUCGCCGUCUUUGCUUUCAUUCACAACACCAUUACAUCAAAUUGAAGCAAAGCAAGGUUAAUCACAGUGCCAACUUUCUCAUCUUGAGGGAAAUUUUAUUUUUGUGCAACACAAUGGAGAAAUCACAACACGAAGUAGACGAAAACUUCCCACUCUUCAAACCAUCUCUCAAACCCUCAACAAACUCUUCACCCGCCGCCACAAUUAUCCCUCAAAACAACAUCAUUACCCAUGAAAACCCUAACUCCAUCACCGAAAACACCGCCACUUUCUCCGAGCUCGGACUCUCGGAAUGGGCGGUGAAAACCUGCAAGGAACUCAGAAUGUUGGCACCACGUCGCGUGCAGCAGUACUGCAUCCCGAAGAUUCUAGAAGGCCGUCAUGUAAUCGGAAUCGACGAGACUGGUAGCGGUAAAACGGCGGCGUUUGCGCUUCCUAUACUCCAGCGUCUGGCGGAGCAUCCGUUUGGUGUGUUUGCUCUCGUGGUGACGCCCACUCGUGAGCUUGCGUUUCAGCUGGCGGAGCAGUUUCGGGCCCUUGGUUCCUCGCUGCGACUCCGGAUUGCGUUGAUUGUUGGUGGUAUGGAUAUGCUUAGACAGACUAAGGAGUUGGUUGCUAGGCCUCACCUUGUUAUUGCUACUCCUGGAAGGAUCAAUGUUUUGCUCAAGGAUAAUCCGGAAAUUGCGCCUGUUUUCUCCAGGACUAAGUUUCUUGUCUUGGAUGAAGCAGACCGGGUUCUGGAUGUUGGGUUUCAGGACGAAUUGAAAUUUAUCUUCCAGAGCUUACCAGAAAGUCGGCAAAACCUAUUCUUUUCUGCAACCACAACUAGUAAUUUGCAGAAGUUGCGCGAGCGUUAUCAAGAUAAGCUGUAUGCCUUCGAGGCUUAUGAAGGGUUUAAGACAGUUGAAAAACUUACUCAACAAGCUGUAUUCAUCCCUAAAAAGGUGAAGGAUGUAUAUUUGUUGCAUAUCUUGUCUAAAAUGAAAGAUACGGGAGUUCGGUCUGCCAUUGUCUUUGUCUCCACUUGCAGAGAUUGUCAUCGUUUAAAUUUAAUGCUGGAAGUGCUCGAUCAAGAAGCUGCAGCUCUGUAUUCAUUCAGAUCACAGGCUCAGAGGCUUGAAGCACUUCAUGACUUUAAAUCAGGAAAGGUUCCUAUAUUACUAGCAACUGAUGUUGCUGGCCGUGGUUUGGAUAUUCCUACAGUUGACCUUGUUAUUAAUUAUGAUGUUCCAAGGAUUCCGCGAGAUUAUAUACAUCGUGUUGGUCGUACUGCAAGAGCAGGUAGAGGGGGACUUGCUUUGAGCCUUGUCACCCAGAAUGAUGUUGAUCUCGUUCGUCAAAUAGAGGCCCUUACCAAAAGGCAACUUGAUAUGAUUGAAUACAAAGAAAAUGAGGUGCUUUCUCUCAUGAAAAAGGUUUUCAGUGCUAAAAAUGUUGCGAACAUGAAGAUGAUUGAUGAUGGGUUUGAAGAUAAAGCGAAAGAGCGGAAAAAACAGAAACUGAAAAUGCUAGAAGAAAAAGGAUUAUUAAAGCAAAGAAGUAAGAGAAAGAGAAAUAAAGAAUUUUCCAAGAAAGGAAAUAAACAUGAAAAAGUGGAAGUGGAUGCAUCAGCAGAUAUAGCAUCACUAAAGAAAAGGAGUAAGAAGAAAUUGUAAAUUAUUAUACCUAGGAAACAAUUCUUAGAAUUAUAAUUUCUUUAAACACAGGGAUUUUGAAGAGUGCUUCUUAUUAAGAAAAGUGGAGGUAUAUUUUGAAGAAUUGGACAGAGAGGGAGCUAAAUCAUUGUAGUGUUGCAUAUACAUUUCUGUAUCUGUAUCAUAAGAUUGCAGAUUUUGAUUUUGUUAAAUCAGAAGAUAUGGAGAAAUCCUGAAACUAAUCCCUCGAAUAGAUUAUGCAAAUGAUGUGCAAUUUUGGCUAA